UUCAAACUGGCCUCGUCUUGCACAAUGGCUGGCCACACUGGAGACAAGCUCAUCGCCCUUGAGGCCAGAGAAGGCACCGAGUGUGUCCGUCUCGCCCAAGGCAAAUCUUUCGGUGCUGAGAAGAGCGUAGCCGGCGAGCUGGUCUUCUCGACUGGCAUGGUCGGCUACGAGGAGUCCAUCACCGACCCUUCAUACAAAGGCCAGAUCCUGGUCCUCACCUACCCUCUGAUCGGCAACUAUGGUGUGCCCGACAGAACCGAGAUGGAUCCUCUCCUCAAGGACCUCCCUGCUCACUUCGAGGCCUCGCAGAUCCACGUUGCUGGUCUGAUCGUUGCUUCUUACUGCGGCGAGGACUACUCACAUUACCUGGCCACCUCUUCAUUGGGCAAAUGGCUGAAGGAGCAAGGCGUGCCUGCCCUCUGCGGCGUCGACACCCGCGCCCUCACCAAGAUCAUCCGCGAGAAGGGUAGCAUGCUCGGCCGCAUGAGACUGCAAACUGCUGCUCCUAUCACCAACGGCAUCACUCUCAGCAACGGCGAGACUGAGGAGAAGCCCGAGUUCGAGGAGGUCGAAUGGUCCAACCCCAACAACAAGAACUUGGUUGCAGAUGUCUCGAUCAAGGAGCCCAAGAUCUACUCACCCGACCCUUCAAACGCCCUGAAGCACCCCUCAGGCAGACCCAUUCGCAUUGUCUGCGUUGAUGUUGGUCUCAAGUACAACCAGCUUAGAUGCCUCGUCAAGCGUGGUGUCGAGGUCCAGGUCGUUCCAUGGGACUACGAUUUCCCCUCGUUGGCUGGCAAGGAGUAUGACGGUCUCUUCAUUUCCAACGGUCCUGGUGACCCUGCAUUGAUGGAGAAGACUGUCAAGAACAUCCAGGCCAACAUCCGUGAGGCCAGAGUUCCCAUCUUCGGUAUUUGUUUGGGACACCAGCUUCUUGCCCGUGCUUCGGGUGCCGAGACCGUCAAGAUGAAGUACGGUAACAGAGGCCACAACAUUCCUUGCACAAACUUGAUUUCCGGCAAGUGCUACAUCACAUCGCAGAACCACGGUUACGCCGUCGACUCGCGCACCCUGACUCAGGACUGGUCUGAGCUGUUUGUUAACGCAAACGACGGCUCCAACGAGGGUAUCAGACACAUCAGCCGUCCUUACUUCAGUGUUCAAUUCCACCCCGAGAGUGCCCCUGGUCCUCAGGACACCGAAAACCUCUUCGAUGUCUUCCUGGAUGCUGUCCAGAAGGUCAUCGUUGACCCCAGCAUGAUGCACCAGCCCAUCAAGUUCCCCGGUGGUGAUCUUGCUGAGAACCAGAAGGCCAACCCCAGAGUCCACGUCAAGAAGGUCCUGGUUCUUGGCAGUGGUGGUCUCUCCAUCGGUCAAGCCGGUGAGUUCGAUUACUCUGGUUCGCAAGCCAUCAAGGCUCUGAAGGAGGAGGGUAUCUACACAAUCUUGAUCAACCCCAACAUUGCUACCAUCCAGACUUCCAAGGGUCUGGCCGACAAGGUCUACUUCCUCCCUGUCAACGCCGACUUUGUUCGCAAGGUCAUCAAGCAGGAGAAGCCCGACGGUAUCUACUGUACCUUCGGUGGUCAGACUGCUCUGUCGGUCGGUAUUCAGCUCAAGGACGAGUUCGAGAGCCUUGGUGUCAAGGUUCUCGGUACCCAGAUCGACACCGUCAUCACCACUGAGGACCGUGAGCUCUUUGCCCGUGCCAUGGAAUCAAUUGGCGAGAAGUGCGCCAUGUCCGCCUCUGCCAACAACAUGGAGGAGGCUGUCGCUGCCGGUAAGCAGAUUGGUUUCCCUCUGAUUAUUCGUGCCGCCUACGCUCUCGGUGGUUUGGGCAGUGGUUUCGCCGACAACGAGGAACAGCUUGUCGAUCUCUGCAACAAGGCUUUUGCUGCCAGUCCUCAAGUCCUCAUCGAGCGUAGUAUGAAGGGCUGGAAGGAGAUUGAGUACGAAGUCGUCCGUGAUUGCCAGGACAACUGCAUCACUGUCUGUAACAUGGAGAACUUCGACCCUUUGGGUAUCCACACUGGUGACUCCAUCGUCGUUGCUCCUUCGCAGACUCUGUCUGACAAGGACUUCAUGAUGCUGAGACGCACUGCUGUCAACGUCAUCCGUCACCUCGGCGUUGUCGGUGAGUGUAACAUUCAGUACGCUCUCAACCCUGAUUCAAGAGAAUACUGCAUCAUCGAGGUCAACGCUCGUCUGUCGCGUUCCUCAGCUCUUGCCUCCAAGGCUACUGGUUACCCCUUGGCCUUCGUCGCUGCCAAGCUUGGUCUCGGUAUCCCAUUGAACGAGAUCAAGAACACUGUCACCAAGGUCACCUGCGCCUGUUUCGAGCCUUCCCUCGACUACGUUGUCGUCAAGAUCCCCCGUUGGGAUCUGAAGAAGUUCACUCGUGUCUCCACCCUUCUCGGUUCCGCCAUGAAGAGUGUCGGUGAAGUCAUGAGCAUUGGUAGAACAUUCGAAGAAGCAAUUCAGAAGGCUAUCCGUGCUGUCGAUGUUAGCAACCUCGGCUUCCAGGAGACCAGUGCUCUCAUGUCCAUCGACCAGGAGCUGCAGACACCCUCUGACCAGAGAAUGUUUGCAAUUGCCAACGCCAUGCACUCUGGUUACAGUGUCGAGAAGAUCUGGGAGUUGACCAAGAUUGACAAAUGGUUCCUCAGCAAGCUCAAGGGCUUGAGCGACUUUGGCAAGCUCAUGAGCACCAAGAAGGUUACCGACGUCCCUUCAUCGCUUUUCAGACAGGCCAAGGAGCUCGGUUUCUCAGACAAGCAGCUGAGUAUCUUCUGGUCUACCAACGAGCAGACUGUCCGUAAGCACAGACUCGAAUACGAGAUCAUGCCUGUUGUCAAGCAAAUCGACACAGUCGCCGGCGAGUUCCCAGCUUACACAAACUACCUCUAUACGACGUAUAAUGGCGUUGAGUCAGAUGUGGACUUCAACGACAACGGUGUCAUGGUAUUGGGAUCAGGCGUUUAUCGAAUUGGAUCUUCCGUCGAGUUCGAUUGGUGCUCAGUCCGCACCGUCCGUACUCUUCGCGAGCAAGGAUUCAAGACCGUGAUGGUUAAUCAUCUUCACAUGACACGCGAUCAUGCGCGUCUACUCGCUGCUGCCUGCUGCCUGCCACCUGCCCACUUCCACACGCAAAGUGGGCUCAUUGAGACGCAUCUCGCCUCAAGACUUCUUCUCUCCUUCAUCAACACGAUCAAGUCUGCUUGUCUCUGUCUUUUCUGCCUUCUCUUCUCCAUCAUCUGGACAGUGUCCGCCAAUCUCAAGCCUACUUUCAACAUGCCACGCGUCGACUCUGUCACCAACGAGUCACUCGAUGACAUCGACAUGGACAGUGUCCACUCAACGAAGCCUUCGUUUGAGCCCGUCCAAGACUUGAUCCUCGAGAAGACUUGGCUGUGCCUGUCGAACCAGCCUGGCUACGCCAAGAACGCUUACUUCGACCGUUUCCUUCCCACACCCUCCGAAGUCAAAGACCGUGCAGACAGCGCCCAAGUUGUCACCCCAACUUCACUCCCAGAGUACAUGCAGGGUGAACGUCCAGAUGACCUCGAGUACUUCAAAACUCUUCCUACAGAAUGUGGAACAGAUUGGUGCAUCUACGCCGUCUGCAUGGAGAAACGCGGUUGCAAGCCCAGACUUCAGAUCGGCUCUGCCACCGCUGCAACAACUGGUGGACAAUCUCGUCUCGAUCAUUACCCCGCCGAGACUCUGUUGCCGAGCGAAGUGAAACGGUCCCUUGAUGAGGGCUAUGUCAUCACUCAUGUCGGUGUUCUCAUCUCCUGCCCUCUUCCCGGUCCAGCUGAAGUCCCUCUUACGCGCCUUCUUUUUUACGCUUUCGAAGGCACUUUCGCCUACCUCUUCUGGAGCAUGAGAGCUUAUCGUUCGGACUACGGCAUGGGCUUCACCUGCCUUUGGGGUUGGCAGGAUCUGGCAUGGGAUAGUCUCUCAACCCAUUCUGCAUUCGAUGAAGGCAUUCGUGGCAACUUCGACCUGACCGAAGAAGAACUUAUCGAGCACGCACGCUUGACCGAGAUCAAGCGCAAGGAAGUUCACGCACGCGGCAACUCCAACUGGCACUACGAGCAGAUGGCAACCAACUAUGACGAAUACAUCACCGCCGCCAUCGAACGCAAGCUCAAGUCUCGUGCUGCCAACCCUGAGCGCGAGAGAGAAGUCGAACGUGCUCGUGUUCAGCGGUACAUUGAGAACCAGACCCACUAUUGCAGCAUCUGCAAACGGGCCUUCACCAGUAGCAACUGGUUGAAAAAGCACGAGGGUACCAGAGAUCAUUUGAUGAUGCUCAAUGGAAGCUUCAAGCACUUCUGCCAGCCGUGCAACAGAGCGUACAAGACCACGGCCAGCUACAACAAGCACUUCAAGAACGAGCGUCACACAAAGGCUGUCGCUGCCGCCGCCGCCGACUCCGCCAUGUUCGACGCCGACUUCGAUGCCCACUCUAUUUUGACUGUGACUGAUUACGACGAGGCCGAUCGCCUCUACUUCGAGAACAUCACCCUUGAGACCGUUCUUGAUAUUUACCAGCUCGAGAACUCCAGCGGUGUCAUCCUCUCCAUGGGUGGCCAGACCCCCAACAACAUCUCUCUGCCUCUCCACCGUCUCAAUGUCAAGAUUCUUGGUACCUCGCCUGAGAUGAUCGACUCUGCCGAGAACAGAUACAAGUUCUCGCGUAUGCUCGAUAGAAUUGGUGUCGAUCAGCCUCAGUGGAAGGAGCUGACCAGCAUUGACGAGGCUAAGAAGUUCUGUGAUGCUGUCUCUUACCCUGUGCUUGUCCGCCCUUCAUACGUUCUUUCUGGAGCUGCCAUGAACACUGUCUACUCGGAGCACGACCUCGCCAACUACCUUAACCAGGCUGCCGAAGUUUCCAAGGACCACCCCGUUGUCAUUACCAAGUACAUUGAGGGUGCUAAGGAAAUUGAGAUGGAUGCUGUUGCCCGCAACGGUACCAUGAUUGGCCACUUCAUCUCUGAGCACGUCGAGAACGCUGGUGUUCACUCUGGUGACGCUACCCUCAUCCAGCCUCCUCAGGACUUGGAUGCCGAGACCGUCAGACGUAUUGAGGAAGCUACCAAGAAGAUUGGUGAGGCUCUCAACAUCACCGGUCCUUACAACAUUCAGUUUAUCGCCAAGGACAACGACAUCAAGGUCAUUGAGUGCAACGUCAGAGCCUCGAGAUCUUUCCCCUUCGUCUCCAAGGUUACUGGUGUUGACUUGAUCGAGCUGGCCACCAAGGCUAUGGCUGGUCUUCCUCUUCAGGAGUACCCUCCUGUCACCAUGCCCGCAGACUACAUUGGUGUCAAGGUUCCUCAGUUCUCGUUCUCGCGUCUUUCUGGAGCAGACCCCGUCACUGGUGUCGAGAUGGCUUCCACUGGUGAGGUCGCAUGUUUCGGUCGCACUAAGUACGAGGCUUACAUGAAGGCUCUCGUCGCCACCGGCUUCCGCCUUCCCAAGAAGAACAUUCUUCUGUCCAUUGGUGCUUACAAGGACAAGCAAGAGUUGUUGCCUUCAAUUGAGAAGCUCCACAAGCUCGGCUACAGCCUGUACGCUACCGCUGGUACCGCUGACUUCCUCGAGGAGCACGGUGUUCCUUGCAAGUUCUUGGAGGCUCUUCAGGAUGACGAGCAGAGAACCGAGUACUCAUUGACUCACGCUCUUGCCAACAACUUAAUCGACUUGUACAUCAACUUGCCCUCAAGCAACCGCUUCCGUCGUCCUGCCAACUACAUGUCUAAGGGUUACCGUACUCGCAGAAUGGCUGUUGACUACCAGACCCCUCUGGUCACCAACGUCAAGAACGCCAAGAUUCUGAUUGAGGCUAUCGCUCGCAACUACGACAUGGCCAUCAGCAGCCAGGAUUACCAGACCUUCGCCGAGCUCCCCUCGACCUCUCUUGAAGAGCCUGUUGCCAAGCAGACCCCCUCUCUUCAAGAACUCCUUCACAACUCUCCCUUCAAGGGCAGAGAUAUCACCUCGGUCAAUCAAUUCACAAGAAAGGAGCUCCACCUUCUCAUGACCGUCGCUUCGGAGAUGCGUCUGGGUGUUGAGCGUGAUGGUGUUCUCGAUAUUCUCAAGAACAAGCUUCUCUGCUUGAUGUUCUACGAGCCUUCGACUCGUACUUCAUCUUCCUUCGAUGCUGCCAUGAAGCGUCUUGGUGGUCAGUGCAUCAUGAUCAACGAAUCGCACUCAAGCACUAAGAAGGGCGAGACUCUGUCGGACACCAUUCGCACUCUUGACCAAUAUGGCGAUGCUAUUGUCCUCCGUCACCCCGAUGAUGACAGUGCUGAUAUUGCUGCCGAUGCUGCCGACCACCCCAUCAUCAACGCUGGUAACGGCUCCCGCGAGCACCCCACCCAGGCCUUCUUGGAUCUCUUCACCAUCCGUGAGGAGGUUGGUACCGCCAACGGUCUCACCAUCACUUUCGUUGGUGACCUCAAGUAUGGCCGCACCGUGCACUCUCUUUGCGAACUUCUGAAGCACUACGACUGCACAAUCAACCUGGUCGCACCCAAGGAGAUUGGCCUUCCUGAGAAGGUCCGCAGCGCGCUUCAAAGCCGUGGCCAACUCGGCGCCGAGUCCCACGAGCUGACUCCUGAGAUUGUUGCAAAGUCCGACGUUAUCUACUGCACUCGCGUGCAGAAGGAGCGUUUCGAGGACCUGUCUCUGUACGAGAAGGUCAAGGACGGUCUUGUUGUCAGCGCUGCCACUCUCAAGCACGCCAAGAAGAACAUGAUUGUCAUGCACCCUCUUCCUCGCAACUUGGAGCUCAGCCCUGAAGUUGACAACGACCCCAGGGCUGCUUACUUCAGACAGAUGAAGUAUGGCAUGUUCGUCCGCAUGGCUCUUUUGGCCUUGGUCAUGGCACCAUAA